GAAAAAAGGUAUAUAAUUAAUGUAUUGCAUUAUUUCAUCAGUAAGAUGUAUUUUUUUUCUGUUUUAUUUGUGAAACUUAAGAAAAAUAACUGUGAUCAAUUUUGUUAUUAUUAUUCAUCUAAAUUUUGUUGGAAAAUAAAAGAAAAAUAUUUAUUAGCUGGUAUGUUAUUGAAGUAAAUAUAUCAUAAACGUCUAAAUAAAAAAUUGUUAACUUCAGAUGAAAAUACUUCUAAAUCGUAUGCAAACAGAUUAUGCUUUAUUCGCUACAGAUGGUGAAAUGAAAAUAAUGGUGGAAUAUGCCGAGAAUGGAAGAAAAUUUACUAUCGUGUAUAUAGGAAUUUUUUUUGUAUCAAUGCUACAAUUUAUGAUUCCACCAUUAAAGUCAAUCAUUUUGAGUAGUAUAAAUGGAACGAGUGAACGACCAUUGAUACAUCACGUCGAAUAUUUUGUAGACCCUCAAAGAUAUUAUUAUCUUAUUAUUUUUCAAUCUUAUGUGAUUAUUUUUGUCUGUGCUUUUAUUAUCGCUACGAUGGAUACAAUGUUCGUGGUUUUCGUGCAACAUGCUUGUGGAUUAUUUACAACAUUAGGGUAUCAACUUCGUCAUAUAAUCGACAAUAAUAUUUUGUUGAUAAAUUUGUAUCCUUCGAAAUCAAAUGAUAAGUCUUAUAAAAAGAUUUCUGAAUGCAUUCGUAGACAUCAAGAAGCUAUACAGUUUACCGAUCUAUUGGAAUCAUUUUAUUCCACAUCCAUUUUUCUCUACUCGGGAAUUAGUAUAAUUGGAAUGAGUGUUUCUAGUCUACAGGCUAUUCUAAAUGUCAACGAGACCAAACAAUUUUUUCAACAAAUGUGUGUUUGUAACACGACAUUAUUUAUUAUCUUGUUUCAAUGUGUGAACGGUCAACGGCUUAUCGAUCAUAGUAGUAAAAUGCACGAAUAUCUAAUAAAUACCGAGUGGUACCGAACAUCAUUACGAACAAGGAAAGGAAUCUAUUUCAUGUUAUUUAGAUCACGAAAACCUUGUAUGCUAACUGCUGCAAAAAUGUUCAACGUAUCCAUGGAAACGUUUAGCGCUAUUGUUCUUCAGACAAGACAAGGGGAUCUCUCUAUUUUAGUCUAUUCUCGACAUUCUAUGAAAGUGAUGGAUUUCUUUGAUGGUCGUCACUACGCGAUCAAUAAAAGCAUGCUAUCAUUAUUGGGCCAAUGGCCUUAUCAAUCGAUUAGAACAAAAUACAUUCGUUUGGAGAUUAUAUUUUUAUUAGCUGGGACACAAAUUUUAGCUAAGGUAGCAGCUACCAUAACUUCCUUUAGAGAUAGAAAUGUACUACUAGACGACAUGGCACCACUUGUUGCUGAUUCUAUCGCAGCAAUCAAAUUAAUUAACGUAACAGUACAAAAAGAAAAGAUGAAAAUACUUCUAAAUCGUAUGCAAACAGAUUAUGCUUUAUUCGCUACAGAUGGUGAAAUGAAAAUAAUGGUGGAAUAUGCCGAGAAUGGAAGAAAAUUUACUAUUGUGUAUAUAGGAAUUUUUUUUGUAUCAAUGCUACAAUUUAUGAUUCCACCAUUAAAGUCAAUCAUUUUGAGUAGUAUAAAUGGAACGAGUGAACGACCAUUGAUACAUCAUGUCGAAUAUUUUGUAGACCCUCAAAGAUAUUAUUAUCUUAUUAUUUUCCAUUCUUACGCGGUUAUCUUUAUCUGUGCUUUUACUAUCGCUACUAUGGACACGAUGUUUGUGGUCUUCGUGCAACAUGCUUGUGGAUUGUUUGCAGCAUUAGGGUAUCAACUUCGUCAUAUAAUCGACAAUAAUAUUUUGUUGAUAAAUUUGAAUCCUUCGAAAUCGAAUGAUAAGUUUUAUACAAAUAUUUCUAAAUGCAUUCAUAAACAUCAAGAAGCUAUACAGUUUGCUAAUCUAUUGGAUAAAUAUUAUUCAACGUCGUUUUUUCUCGUAUCAGGAAUUAGCAUGAUUGGUAUGAGUAUUACUGGACUACAGGCUAUACUAAGUAUCAACGAACCCAAACAAUUUUUUCAACAAAUGUGUGUUUGUUAUACGACAUUAAUUCAUGUCUUGUUUGAAUGUGUAAACGGUCAACGACUUAUCGAUCAUAGUAGUCAAAUGCACGAAUAUUUAAUAAAUACCGAGUGGUAUCGAACAUCAUUACGAACAAGAAAAGGAAUCUGUUUUAUGUUACUUAGAUCACGAAAAUCUUGUACGCUAACUGCUGCAAAAAUGUUCAACAUAUCUAUUGAAACGUUUACCUCUAUUGUUCGUACAUCGAUUUCAUAUUUUACCGUUUUGCGUUCGAUACAGUAAAAUUUUGAUAAAUAACAUUUUAUGCAAUCAUACAUUGAUUAUUAAUAUGCGGAG